AUGUGGUGCAGUUCGGUGAUGGCUGUUAGAAAGCGGAGCAGCGGGGGAGGUUCGACGCCACACGAAUGGGACCCAGAAACCUGGUUUGGGUCCCUAGUGGGCGGUGGGUUGAUCAGCCAACUGGAUGCAGGAGCACCGGAGAACGGACACCGACACUGCGAUGAUAAUGGUCCAACCCCAACAAACGAUGGCCGUUUAACGGGUGUUUUCGGUACCCACCACGAUAACGACGACAAUGCCAGACCAAACCAACAAGCAAGCGACCGAAUAGAUCUCACUCUUGUGCCCCCACCUCUUUCGUCCUUUCUGUGCUGCGCCAACCGACGUCAAGUAAGACGCCUUGGUGGUACUUCUGCUAUCUGCUUCUUGUAG